CUCAACCACUACAGUUGUGCAGACACUUCAACCCCCUCGGCUUCAUGGAAGCCAAAUCCAAGCGCAAUGUCCAAGCGCACCAUCGGCGGUGGAAGAGUGCUAGGAAGCGGUAGGACCUUAGGACCAGCUAUCCCACCGCCAAAGUCGACUUCACCCCUCCCUCCCCACGUCCUCUCUCCUUCAGCCUCGACUUUAUCCUUGAACACAUCCGGGAGCGAAGCGUCCACACCCCCAUCCUCAGAUCCUCAAGAUAUUGCCGGUCGAGUCUCGCUCGAUCAUGGCGGGCCAGACCUUUCCGCGGCGGCAGCAGCUGCGGGAGACCGCUUGGUGUGUCCGAUAUGCAAUGAGGAGAUGGUCACGUUGUUGCAGUUGAACAGGCAUCUGGAUGACGCACACAAAGAGAUUGAAGAGGAACAACAAGAUGAGGUCAAAGACUGGUUUAAGCAACAAAUGUUCAAGGCGAAGAAGUUCCAACCCCUGGCUGUCUUGAACCAGAAACUCAAGGGUUUGGACGUCUUCGAGUCGAAUCAUGAUAUCGCUCGAAGCAUCACUCCUACCCCUAGACAUGAGUCCAUUCCAAAAGAGACAACCGCGCCUCCUACACCGCCGAAGCCAGCCCAGACAGUCGUCGACCCGGAGGAUGUGAUAACGAAACACCAUUGGCAGAAGAGAACAGGCUACGAUGUAUGCUCAGAUCCCACCUGUGGAAGAAGGUUAGGUGCUGGUAUCGGACUCGUGAACUGCCGACACUGUGGAAAACUCUUUUGUGACGAGCAUACAAUGUAUCAGAUGAAGCUAUCGAGGUCUGCACAGCAUGAACCCGUUCGAGGAUUGUGGUACAGAGUAUGCGAGACCUGCUACAAGAGUCGAGAGUGCUACAUGGACAGACGCGGCCUUGAAAGAGAUCGAAUGGGUGACUUCGACAGCAUAAGAAGGAAGAAGUCCAGUCACAGAGAGAUGGAAGUCUCCAGACUAGAGAAGAGACUGUCGAGAUUAACACAAUUGCUGGCCAACCCGCCGGAAGAGAUCCCUCAGCCUACCACUAACAAGAGGUGGUCACUGAAUUGGGGUCAAAACGAUCCUCGAAAAGCCCUUGAGCAGAGCAUCGUAUCUUGGCAGAAUGAUGCCGAAGUCCCACGAUGUCCAUACUGCCAACAGGAUUUCACUCAAUACACAUUCCGGCGGCACCACUGCAGGACCUGUGGGAAAGUGGUUUGUGGAGAUCCGGUCACAGCUUGCUCGACUGUUAUCGGUCUCAACGUGGCCACAACUAACACGCGCCUCUCCGCCACAGAAAAACCGCCUCCCGAUAAUACCAUCGCUCUCGAUAUCCGCCUCUGUAAAGAUUGCAACCACACAAUCUUCUCGCACCGCGACUUCAAAGCCUCACUCAGCUCUCCUGGCAUCGAAACAUUCGCCCGUGCGUACAACAACCUCGUGCAAUUCGAACGGGGUAUCCGCCUCCUGUUACCGAAAUUCCAAAAACUCCUUCAAGCCCUACAAGACCCUGACCACCCACCAGCCUCGUCCCAGAUCUCUGACGCCUCUCGCACGCGCAAACGUCUGAUGGACUCAUUCACGCAAUACGACACUGCCGCACGGCGGCUACGUGAUCUGCCCAGCCACUCUCCCACGCAGCUCAAGCUGCAAAAAGCAAUCUACCAGAACGCUACACAGUUUCUGCAUUUACACAUGCUACCCUUGAGAUCUCUGCCGAAGGUGCUCAAACACGCCACUCCACACGGUAAUAGUAAGCUCGACAUGAAGGAUCCCCGCUCCAGUCUCGCCGUGCUGAAUCACAACCACAUCCGGCACGAUAGCUCGUCGAACCUAUCCAUCGCGAGUUUCGCGUCUUCUCGCGUAAGCGAGCUCGAGGCCGAGGAGAAGCAACUGCGUGAGCGGCUCAUCGUGCUCGAGGAGCAGAAGUUCAUGGUCCAAGAGAUGAUCGCCGACGCAAAUCGACGGAGAAAGUUUGACGAGGUCGCGGCCUUGGCUGUGAAUGUCGAGGAUUUGAGUACGGAAAUCGACAGUGUACAGAAAAUGGUGGAUAAUCUGCGAGGAGAGUUUGAAGGGGUGUAUACGAGCGGAGGGGGGCUGGGUAGUGGUGUGAACAGUCCCGCAAGGAGACCUAGUGAUAUGGGUAUCUCAGGGACUAGUAUGGGGAAGAUGAAGAACGUCGUCGGCGCUCGUGGUGAGAACGGCUGAGUGGCAGGGUACUAAGCGGGCGAUCGAAGUUCUUACCGGGCACUCCAUGCACUGUGGUUAAAGAGGCGGUCAGGACGUCGAAGGAGAUCCUGUCGCCAAUGUUUUAUUUGGCUUUCUGGUAGCGAGCGGGUGUUGGCGUCAGAAAGUUAGGGUAUAACCGUUGAAGAGUCAUUUCUGACCUCGAAUUUCUGAGCCUGAAAAUGCUACGACAAGUGGAAUCUAGAACA